AUGGCUGCUUCUCACUGGCUUCUCACUGCUGUGCUCUUUCUGCUGCCCUUCAUGACUCAAGUUUCAGCACAGCAAAAAGGAUGUUCUGUUGAUAAUAACAAACCAAGCAUUUCUGAAAAUAACAAGCCUGGCGAGGUGGUGACCACAAUCCAUGUGGAACAAGGCUUCACUGUAAUGAUUGAUCCUGCUUCCCCUGAUGCCAGUUUUUUCACUAUACAGGGGCUUGAACUGCAGCUGAACCAAGUUGUGGAUUAUGAGAAAGACACCUUGCUGCUGGUGUUCCUGAUUUGUCAGAACGUUGCUGGGCAGAGGGAUUCUUUGGAAAUUGUUGUGACCAUUCUCAAUGAGAACGAUAACAGCCCAGAGUUUGCAAAACAGAAUCUCACCAAAACUGUUCCUGAGGAUACAAAAGUGAACACAACCAUUGUAGCCCGUACAGAUUUAAGCGCUAGUGAUGCUGACCUGGACAUCAUCUACUAUGAACUCACAACAAUUGUCAUGGGAACAGAUGGUUAUUUUGCCAUAAAAGGAGUUAAUAACCCAGAAAUCUAUUUACAAAAAACGUUGGACUAUGAGAAAUUUAAAUCUACAACACUGGUCUUGUAUGCAAGGGACAGGCCUGUGGACAGCACCGACAUCACCCACACAGCUACUGCAACAAUCAAUAUUGUUAUUGAACAAGCUGACACCAAACCACCCUGGUUUCUGCCCUGCACCUUCAUCAACACAGACAAGAGCGUGUGCAUCAGCAGCCCCUACGCUGGGAGGGUCAACAUGGCUGAGAUGUCGACAGAACCACUUGCCCUAGAGCCAGGGCCUCUCUAUGCUAUUGAUCCUGACUACACUUUAAAUGAAAAAAUCGUGUACAGUAUUGUUGGAGGGGAUCCAGACAAAGUUUUCUCAGUGGGUGCAGACACAGGGAAUCUAACCAUGAACAAAGUAGCAACUGCCCCAGACUCCUACCUAUUGCAAGUCAUGGCCACCCAGGUCAACAACAUACAGAAAUAUGCCAUAGUCAGUGUAGAGAUUAAGGUCAUAAAUAAAAGUGACUAUCCACCACACUUUGAGAGUAGGAUCUACAACGGGAUAGUAUCUGUUGGUCUGGCCCCAAGAAGCUUUGUCUUCCGAGCUGGUGAUCCUUCCAGCCCCCUGAUGAUAACAGCAAUGGAUGAUGACUUCCCCGACAAAGUCAACCCAAACAUUGAGUACUACAUAAAGAACAGCACUAAUUUCAUUGCAACCAAAGAUGGACUCAUCCUGACAAAUGUGGAGCUGCAGUCACCAGGAACAGUAGCCAUUGAGGCUAUUGGGAAAGAUAUGGUGAGCCUGCAGAAGGCAAGCACUGUAAUCCUGGUGGAGAUCACCCCUGCUGCAGCUGUAAACUUCCCUGAUAAAAUAUACACUGCUCAGGAUAUGGGUAUCUUGGGUGGUAUAUUAGCAGCACUGCUAUUAAUUACCUUAGUCCUCCUUGGAAUAAUGAUCUACAAACAGUAUGGAAAUCCAGUCAAAUACCUGGUAAGGAAAAAGUUUUCCAAAGAAAAGUCUAGGGGUUACCGGAACCAAUCCUACCAACAAGAUGAACACCCAUAUGUGAACACCAAAGAGCAAGAAAUGUCAGAAAAUGGUGAUGUCCAUUUACACAUGGCACGUGCAUUAGAGCAUUCAGCAUUUUCCUUGCCCUCAUCCAAUGCAGAAGAAAUCAACAGCCAACCAAAGGUUUCUGUGGCUUCCACCACCAUCUUUGACCAGGAAGAGGAAAAAGCAAUAGAAGAAGAGACUGGGCAGGAGAAAGAAGUGAAGUCUAUCCUCAAGACAGACAGGCACACGGCCGAUGAUGGCUACAAAGCUGUGUGGUUUAAGACUGACGUGGAUCCAGACGCUGGAGAGAGGGUUGAAAUUAUUGAGGACAAUGCAGCAGAUGACGAUGAUGACAGUGACCCAGAUCUGCAGAAGCAGUAG